UUUUUCCUAGUGCGGUAUAAAGUUAAUGCGCAGUAAACAACUUGAGUUAUUAUCUUCCCUUUCAGCUGUUUUUGCUUUUCUCCAUUUACACACAGCUUAACCGAGGGAGGUUUGUGGAGAAAGAAGAUUUCAAUGGCGGAGGAUAACACUGACGGCAAAAAGAAGAAGACUACUGCUUCGAUUCCAGCUAACUACAUCAGCAUCCUACAGCUACAGGAGCGUUGGAUCAAUGAGAAAGAGAAGAAGCGUAAGGAAGAAGAAGAGACACGAUGGAAACAACAACAAUUGGAGGAAGAAGAUCUGAAGAAAGCAGAGGAGGAGGAUAAGCGUUUGGAUCGAAGCAAUCAAGGAAGAAAAAAGAAAUCUACGAGCGGCGGAGGAGCAAGAUUUGUCGAGAAGGAGAUACCGGAAGUCACGGCGGAGGUUGGGAGCGGUGGAGGUGAAUAUACGGCGGAGAUGUUACCGAAGAAGGAUAGGGGAUUUAGGAGGAAACGGUCUAAUAGUAAGAAGAAGAACACACAUCAAGAUGUGGCUUUGGUAGAUGAUGUUGUUGUUGUCGAUUCUGGUGGUUGUGGUUCAAUCGCGACGGAGAAUGUUACACCGGCGAAAGAUGUGAUUCGAGUUUACAGGAAGAAAAGUGAAAAAGCAGCGACGGCCGUAGAAACCCAAUUUGAGGAUCUCUCUAUCAAAAGAGAUGAAACCACCAAAACUCUCAAGGCACAAACCAAACCGAGUAACCGUAAUCGGGCAAAGCAAGGGAUUGAUUUGGCGUAUCAGCGUUUUAAAAAGCCUAUAGGAGCUGCUUCUGCUUCAACAAUGGUAUGGGUGAAGAAAGAGAGAGCUAGUGAUGAUGGAAUUGCAAGUGGCCUGAAGCCAUUAAAUGCGUAACGUUUGCUUUCAAGGUUAGCUCCUGGAAGUUGAACAAAGCGUGACAGUAUCAAUUUGGUAAUAUUCUUUGAUGUUGUUGGUUGAUCAAGCAGAGAGAGCUCAUGGUGUACAAAUUUUAUGGCUUUUGUAAAGCGUUUAGGGGCUCUUAAAGUUUGAGGUAAUAAUUGUAUCCAAAAUGUACAGAAGUAUGAAUUACCAGACCGAUUUGGUGUUAUUAAAGCUUCAAAUUACUUUUUCAUUCUCUCU